AUGCUCAAUGGGUUCACCACUGUGGAUCAGGCCAGCAUCUACCAAGUUUUGGGGGAACGAUGGAUGGAUAUUGGAAUGGUGGAUUCAGUUGUGUUGGCCAGACACAACAAGAUGCUGUCUAUCCUCUUUAUUCAGCCGAGGAGUGCGAUGCUGGAAACAGCAAACAGUUGGCGGCUGUCUAUGACAGGGAACCGGAAAAGGUUGAAGCGCUGCUGCAGAACAUACAAACUUACAGGUGUAUGGGCUGUGAUGGCUUACAAUCUCUUUAAGUUGACGGAUCAGCAGGUGCAGCAGGAGGCCGAGCUUACUACGGAGCAACCAGGAGCUCAGCAACCACAGAUUGCGGAUGCAGAGGGCAGUGACAAAACUUUGGCGGUACGACUGGCUAAGGCUUUAGAUGGGCUGGUGAAGCAACUAGCAAAGAUGGGGGUGGAGGCGUCUGGUGCACCCAUCCAGAAUUUUAAGGGUGAUAGAUGA